AUGAACCCCGUAAAAAUCUUCAAAUACCCAAACCAAAAAAAUGUACCAGAAAAUUUAAAUGUUAAAAUUAAAGAAAUUAACGAUGAAAAUGACAUAAAAAAUGAUAUCAUUCAUAAAGGAGACGAUGAUUGUGCAUCCCAGUAUUUGGUCGUGAAAAACGACAAGCAUUUUUUAAAAGACACUAGAUUAGCUUUCAACUAUGAAAAAGAGAUUAGAGAAAAGGAAAUCAAAUACGUGAACCGAGAUGAUUAUGAUAGAAACCAUUCUGAAAUUUUAGUGUGUUAUGCUAACGAAAUUCCCGAUUUAAAAUAUAAUAUCAUUGGAAACGACACUAUAAAAUUUCAAAAAAUUGAUAUACCCAUUCUAGAAUAUAAAACCCAAUUGUGUGAAAAAUAUAAUUUAUACCCGCCUUAUUAUUAUACCAUGUACUAUAUAGAUCCUGAGAAUAGACUAUUUUGCACUUCUUGUACAAGAUCUGACGAUUGCGUGAAUUGGAAGUAUGUCUGCAUUCAUAAAUAUUUGGCGUAA